GGACCGCCUGGUUCUCCUAUAAAAGGCACACGCGGGCAUGCGGCCCGUCUCUCGCCAGGCGUCCUCGUUGGAGUGACAUCGUCUUUAAACCCCGCGUGGCAAUCCCUGACGCACCGCCGUGAUGCCCAGGGAAGACAGGGCGACCUGGAAGUCCAACUACUUCCUCAAGAUCAUCCAACUUUUGGAUGAUUAUCCAAAAUGCUUCAUUGUGGGAGCAGACAACGUGGGCUCCAAGCAGAUGCAGCAGAUCCGCAUGUCGCUCCGAGGGAAGGCCGUGGUGCUGAUGGGCAAGAACACCAUGAUGCGCAAGGCUAUCAGGGGCCACCUGGAGAACAACCCAGCUCUGGAGAAACUGCUGCCUCACAUCCGGGGGAACGUGGGCUUCGUGUUCACCAAGGAGGACCUCACUGAGAUUCGGGAUAUGCUGUUGGCCAAUAAGGUGCCAGCUGCUGCUCGGGCUGGUGCCAUCGCCCCGUGUGAGGUCACUGUGCCAGCUCAGAACACUGGUCUAGGACCCGAGAAGACCUCCUUCUUCCAGGCUUUGGGCAUCACCACGAAAAUCUCCAGAGGCACCAUUGAAAUUCUGAGUGAUGUGCAGCUGAUAAAGACUGGAGACAAGGUGGGAGCCAGCGAGGCCACACUGCUGAACAUGCUGAACAUCUCCCCCUUCUCCUUCGGGCUGAUCAUCCAGCAGGUGUUUGACAACGGCAGCAUUUAUAACCCUGAAGUGCUCGACAUCACAGAGCAGGCCCUGCACUCUCGCUUUCUGGAGGGUGUCCGCAACGUGGCCAGUGUGUGUCUGCAGAUCGGGUACCCAACUGUUGCCUCGGUGCCACACUCCAUCAUCAAUGGGUACAAGCGCGUCCUGGCAUUGUCUGUGGAGACUGAGUACACCUUCCCACUUACUGAAAAGGUCAAGGCCUUCCUGGCUGAUCCAUCUGCAUUUGCGGCUGCUGCCCCUGCAGCUGCUGCCACCACUGCUGCCCCUGCGGCUGCUGCAGCCCCUGCCAAAGCUGAAGCAAAGGAAGAGUCGGAGGAAUCAGAUGAGGAUAUGGGAUUCGGUCUCUUCGACUAAUCCCGCCAAAGCAACCAAGUCAGCCUGCUUAAUUUGAGAAAGAUGGAAAUAAAGGCUUACUUCUCUUAAAACUCCGGUCUGGAUUUAUUUAGUUUGUUCACUUAAGCAGGAUGAAAAAGCAAAACCGCUACUGUUUACUUUGUGUUGGCAUCUUUGUUUCUAAAAUUAAAGCUCCUAGUGUUUUUGUGGGCUUUGUUUGUUUUUUGAGACAGUCUCUUGACUUGGUGCCAUAGCUAGUCUGGGACAAAGAUUUUCCAGGUGUGAAUUAAAGGUGUAUGUCAUCAA